ACGCGCCCACUGCUCUGCAUGCUGACAGCACGUACCUGCGCGCACAGGACGCAAGCAUUCAGCUGCGAGACAUGGCGAGGUUAAGCGAGCAUGGGAUUCGCCUGAGUUCCAUGAGUCCUUCCUUCCUCAACAGCAACUCUACCAGUCACACUUGGCCGUUCAGCGCUGUGGCAGAGUUAAUAGAUAAUGCGUCCGAUCCUGGCGUGUUUGCGAAACAGAUCUGGAUAGAUGCGGUUCAUGAAGCCGAUCACCUCUGUGUCACUUUCACUGAUAAUGGCAGCGGCAUGACCCCCAACAAACUGCACAAGAUGCUCAGCUUUGGUUUUACAGAAAAGGGCUCAGGUAAAGCCAGUCAUCAGGCCAUCGGCGUAUAUGGCAAUGGCUUCAAGUCUGGCUCGAUGCGCCUGGGUCGUGAUGCGCUCAUCUUCACCAAGAACGGUGGCUGUCAGACCGUGGGGAUGCUGUCUCAAACCUACCUGGAAAACAUCAAAGCCCAGGCCGUCAUCGUCCCCAUAGUCCCCUUCAACCAACAAACCAAGUCACUGGUUGUGACCGAGGACUCAGAGGCCAGCCUGGCAGCCAUCCUCCAGCACUCCAUCCUCAGCUCCCUGGACCAGAUACAUGUACACUUUGACUCCAUUCUUUCCAAAAAAGGCACCAAGAUAUUAAUCUGGAACAUCCGCAGAGCCAAAGACGGUAAGACGGAGAUCGACUUUGAGACCGAUCCAAGUGACUUUCGUUUACCUGAGAUUCAGAUUGAAGAACUGCAGAAGGGUCAGAGGAACAGCGGAUCACUGAGAACUGAGCACAACAUCCCAGACAUGCAUUACAGCCUCAGGGCCUACCUCAGCAUCUUGUACCUGAAACCAAGGACACAGAUCAUACUGAGGGGGAGGAAGGUUCUGACCAAGCUGGUGUCAAAGAGGUUGACCCACAUUGAGCACGACGUGUACAAACCCCACUUUAGUAAAGAGAAGGUGAAGGUGACCUUUGGGCUGAACCCCAAAAACAAGGACCACUACGGCAUCAUGAUGUACCACAAAAAUCGACUCAUCAAGGCGUACGAGAAAGUGGGCUGCCAGCUUAAGGCUUCAGGUCAAAGAGCAGGGAUUGGUGUCAUCGGCAUCAUCGAGUGUAACUUUCUCAAACCUGCUCAUAACAAGCAAGACUUUGAGUACACCAAAGAAUACAGACUCACCCUCGGCGCUUUGGGCCUAAAACUCAACGACUACUGGAAGGAGGUGACAGAAAAGAAGGCCAGAGAGCGGGAGUUUCAGGCUGUAGACAAAGAUAAAAACAGCACUGAUGAGGGUCCCCUGUGGUUACAGUGUGAAGAGUGUCUGAAGUGGAGAAGCAUCCCUGCAAGCUAUUGCACAGUCACUCCUGAAGACUGGAACUGCAGCAUGAACCCCAACGCACGUUACAGAAGCUGCUCUGCACCAGAGGAAGCAGAAGAGAGCGAGGAGCUGUUAACACCCAGCUACCAGAAAAACCACAAGAAACUAGAGCACCAUAGAAGCAGAAAACGAGAAAAAUCACUCGAGGUUUGUGAUUUCCAGGAACCGGUGGCUAAACAUCACAACCUCUCACGCAGUUCAUCAGAGCCGGUCCAGCCGACCUUCCAGUCCACACACACACCUGAGCGUACAACCGCAAGAAUUCAGCACGAUACAGAAGAUGAGACGCUCCGACAUGUUGAGACAGACACAGAUCACCUCGCAGACCAUCACGCAGACACAAGUGAUGCGCAGACACAGUCGGUCACAAACACAGAAGAGAAACCUGUUGGAAGCAACAUGGCCAUUAAAGACCGGAAUGAAACCACACCAGGACAGACGCUUGUGGAAAAAGAAACCGAUGAUCAGGAGCUUGGAGAUGAAGAGUGUGACACAGAGAAAAACACGGAGGGACAAGAGGAGCACACAGACACUUUAAGCCACAAAAGGCCGUCAGAGUCAUUAUUUUACUUUGUGAAGAAGAAGCGGUACUUCUGGGAGGACCAACUGCCUGAUUCAGGAAAUAUACCAGAUGAGUUGCAUCCUGGGAAGCACACAAACGCAUUCAAGAUAGCGUCUGUGGAGACAAACAGAAAGGACAGCGGAGGACGAGCAGAGAACUCGGACACACUGCAGCAAACCCCCAGCUGCCACACCUGGACACACUCGCCCACCUCCACCCAGACUGUGAUGGUUUCCCCGCUGAGCCGGACAGAAGGUUCACACAGCAGGACGCUGCCUCCAGAAGCAGGCGAUCGGGAAGCGAAACUACAGAGGCUGGCUGGGUUGGAGAAGGAGGUUCAGAGGCUGCGGAGCCUUCUGGGUCUGGAAAUCACAAAGACAACUCAAGCCACAAUGACGAGUUCCUACUGCAGCGCUGAAAAGCAAAAACAAGACCUGGUGAAACCAUCAGUGUGCACAGCAAGCACAGAGAUCGGCUGCCAAACAGACAUGGCUGAGUGCUCUGCUUCCUCAUCUUCCGGCCUGGUUCAGGCUGUAGGACCUCAGGGGCUGCUGGUCCAGGCUCAGAAAGCUGUAUUAGAACCAAAGGAUCAGUCUGAGCAGAACAGACCCAAAAAGAAUGAGAGUCAGAGCAGGAUGAAAGUCAGUGACGGCGAGGCCUGUGAAGACAGCAGAUCAUCACAGGAGAAUCUACGGGACAUCCGCAACAACGUGGUGGUGCUCCUCACGGCCCUCCUGCCCCAACUGGACCUGGCUGGCAUCAGUAUGGAUACCACCGACGUAGACAGCAUCCUGCAGCAGAUCAUUGAGGUCAACUCACUGAAACUAUGAUUGGAACUAAUCCCAAGAGGAAGAUGUCGUCGGUGAUUUGUUUUUAUUGUGUUUUUAUACAAAAUUUGGUUUGAUAUAACUAUGUGUGACAUAAAUAUACAGUAUAUGGUCAGAAUUAUCUUUAAAUGCUCUGUUGGAAAGAAGUGUCAUGUUAUUGUUCUGUCACCGCUAGUGCCUGUGGAUGAGCUCAGUAAUGUCGUAUCUUUACAGCCAUGUGGUAAACAGUUUGUGGACAUGCAAGAGUGUGUCGCUAGUUAUAGUAACUCAGUGUGUUUUCAAUUACAGUUCAGGUGUAUAUAUUUGAAGCGCUGGCACUCACUAGUCAACAAUGCAAAUAUGCAAAAAUCUGAAAAAUAGGCACAAAACUAUUUGGUGCUAUUUUGCAUGUAGUUCCAUAGUUUUAUAAACUAAAGACACAAACAGUUGUACAGAAAUGUAUAUUUCUAUAAUUCAUGAGCAGAGACAAAACACCAAAUCUGACAACUCCUAACUAUGAAGCUUUCUUCUACACAUGUAUUGCUUGUUUGCAGCAGUCCGUUGUCAUAUCAUUUUUAAUACAGUCGACAGUCUUUAAUAAGCUUUGUUGAGAGCCUGUGGGCCCCACUGCUGUAAAAAUUUGAGGCUUUUCUUUGGAAACUCUUUCCUUAUUUUUCAAAAGUGUGCUUCAGUUCAGUUUACUUUCAUUAAUAUAACACCAAAUCACAAGAGACUAUAUGUCAUUUAGGGCACUUUGAAUCUCAAGAUCUUACAAUAUCAUAGAAUUCCAGCGAGUUCCUGUUGAGAAAGGACCUGGUGACCAGCAGAACCAGACUCAGGUUGUGAGAAAACACGACCAGUGAGAAACAACAAAGAAUCAAACAAACACUGGGCGCCUUAGUCAGGCCAGAAAAUGCAGAUCGGAAACAUGCAGCUAAUCUUAAAAGUAAAGAGAGCAUCUGUCUCUUGAACCCAAACUGAGAUCUGGUUCCACAGCAGAGGAGCCUGAUAGCUUAUUCUGCUUUUGUAAACUCUAGGAACCACAAACAAGUUUGUACCCUGAAAGUAAAGUGUCCCACUGGGGUGGUAUGGAACUGAGGGACAUCCUGUGGAAGGAGAAAGAGAAGGGAGCCAAUGGAAAGAAGCUAAUAUGAUAAACUAAUAAUAAUAAUUCGAUCAGCUGGAAAUUUUCUGCAUAGUUAUAAUGACGUUGAGAUAAUAACUAAUUACAGCAGUGCGUCCUGGAAGUAAAUACAUGGAGUAGCUUUUCAGUAUCACUUUGAGACUGAAUGUUCCUUGUUUUGACGUUAUCAUACAGAUGAAAGAAGGCCGUUCUAGAGUCUUGAUUUAUGUGUGAGUUAAAGGACAUGACCUGGUCAAAAAUAACUUCAUGAUUCUUCACAGUAGCACUGGAGACCAAAGCAGUGGCAUCCAGAUGGUUAGAUAAUGUGUUUCAAAUGCAUUUCAGGCCAGAUUCAUGUAUUGCUGUGUUGUUUUUAUUUGUUUCUAUCUGUUUUUAUUGAAGUAAGUCAUACAUAUAUAUACCUUUUUUAUCUGUCAGUGAUGGAGUAAUGUGUUUACAUAUAUCUAAAAAAGAAGACUUCACAUGUUUGCAUUAAAAUACUGAAACUAC